AUGAUUCCCUACGGAGGCCACGUGUACUACCAGCAGCCUCUUCAAUCGCCCAUGUUGGCCUAUGGAGGUGCUGCAGUCUAUCAUCAACCGAACAACCUGCCUGCUAACAUGCCUUGCAUGCCCGUUGCUGCCAAGAACCAAGAUGACUUCAUGGCGGGAACAGAAAAAGCCGUGAGAAAGGACUAUGACCCGGUGGCAAAGAGAUGGAAACGAAGCGCCGUGGUGCUCAAGAUUGAUCCGGUUGCUUUCGCGCAGGGGUCGUUGAGGAGAGCAUACAAGAUGCGAGACCUCACGCUCGGAGAGACGGACAACGAGUUUGUCGCCAAGAUGUCCAUCAACCCGCAAGAGAAUCGCCAGACCUACUUCGACGAUGUGGCGAUGCAGAUGGAGGCGAAGAUGUGGGCUGAGCGGUUCAACAGCAAGACUGGUCUGCAUGUGGACUUCCUGGUCGCUUAUGUAGCUGAGCUGGUGGAGAGGACUGGGAGGCCGCUGAUAGGGGUGGAGAAGCUUGUGAUGGGGAACUACGUCAAGUACAACAACAACUGGGACUGGAACGACGACAGGAGGAACACGCCUCAAGCCUUCAGUCACUUCACCUGGGAAGAGUCCGGCAAGUCCAUCCUCGUCUGCGACCUGCAGGGGGUGGGGGACCUGUGGACUGACCCGCAGAUUCACUCGAGGGACGGGAAGGGAUACGGGAAGGGCAACAUGGGCAUGCGAGGCAUCGCCGCCUUCCUCAACAACCAUCGCUGCAACGCGAUAUGCAUGGCCCUCAAGCUCCCCAUGGUCGGCAAAGCGCCGAAGCAGAACAACGACGGGACCGUGAUGCCGCCGAUGAAGGCUGGGAUGCAGUCGGGGCUGACCAACACUCAGUUCAAGGCGAAGAUGGUGCAGGCGGAGCUCAAGAAACCCAAGGAGGAAGGGGCCAGGACUGACCACGACAGGAUAGCAAUCAUCGUGUUGGGAGCAGGAGGGCUGAACGUGUCGGAGACUUCCCCCGACUGCAGCGUCACCAUCCUCUGCGGACAUCGAGUCUGCGAGACCAAAGUCAUCUACGACAACCGAGAGCCCGUGUGGAAUGAAAAGUUCCAGCUGGACCUGCCGGCCGACGGCAGCGUCAACACGCUAGAGGCCGUCCUCUUCAUCCGCGAGGAGGAGGACCCGACGAUGGUUGGCUUCGCUCGGAUCGAGUUCGACAAGCUCGAGGAUCAAGCGGGCUUCGACGAGAGACAGUGGCCCUUGAGAGCAGCUGGAGGUGCUCAGGUCGGCUGGUUGAAGCUGAAAAUCCUUCGCUUCCGCUCCAAGAAGCCAGCGGCAAGCGCACCUGACGCAGCUCUUGGACCUCCUCCUCCUCCCCCUCUCCCUCUCGCGGGGCCGAACAAGGAAGAGGGACCGGGGAACGUGAGGGAUCUGCUGCAGGAGGCGCAGGGGAUCAAGGUGAUGGUGAAGCAGGGCCGAGGCUUCCGCGAGCUCGAGGGGCUCCCGGUCCAGGUCCUCGUGCGGCUCAACCAGUGCCAGGCGGCCACCAAGGCUCAACCCGGAGCCCAGCUGAUGCACUGGAACCAGAAGAUCGCCUUCCCUCCCGGCCCGGCAGACGAGGCGGUCAGGCUGUGGGUCAUCCCUGACGUCGCCUCGCCGCACGUGCGCUUCCAGGGCCACAUCCCGAUGCGGAGCAUCAACUUUGACGCCUCAGGUCACGCGGGAAACGUGGUCGUGCCGAUGAAGCAGCACCAGCCCGUCGCAGGGGAAGUGGAGGAAGUGGCGGACGACAUGCAGGGGCUGCUCUCUGACUGCCCUUGCGUCGAGCUCGAGAUGUGGAUCAUCACGAAACCAGGAAGGAAGAGCAACGCAGGGGGGACAGUGUCGUGCUAG